UCUCCGACCAGCUGCGCUCCCCCACGGAAUUGAAGCUUUUUGCUGUUCUGCCUGCUCGCGCUCGCGGGGACGAUGAUCGGCGGCGGGAGCGUAACCAUUCAAAAUCAGAUAUGUACAGUGCACAGGUAAGUAGGCCACAAGAAAAGGAUUUUGGACCGCCAGUUUCUCAGGUGUCACCGGCAUCUUUCGAAGAAAAGAUGACGGUGGUAAAACCCUCUGAGUCCGGACUGGCUGACUUCAACACGCCGUCAGAUUAUGCAAGCCUAGAUAUGCAACUCGCACAAUACUUCAAGAAAUCGGCCUCGGGGAUCAUCGUGCCGGUGCUCUUCGGCUUCCUGCCGCUGUCAUCCUGCAACGGCACGAAGGCAGCCAUUGCCUUCAGCGUAUUCGCCGUGCUCUCCUUGCUGUUCACCGUCGUGCCGCUGUUAUUCGCGGGGAAGAUGCAGAAGCAACCAGCAGGUGACAGUCGCACCAACACAACAGAUGCCCAGAGGAGGCAGCUCGACAACCACAAACGGCGCAUUGAGAUGCUCUGCUACGCCGCGUACGCUUCCAACAUCCUCUUGAUGUGCACAGCGGUGUGCCUCGCGGCCGUCGUCAACAAGAAGUACUCUGCUCUCGCGAGCCCCUUACUGCUGGUCUUCUUCGUCAUGUUCGCCAUCUUCAUCGAGUGCGGCCAUCGGAACAAGUUCACCUGGGGUGCCCUGGAGUACGAGAGCCAGCAGUCGGACCUCAAAUUCUUCUUCGACCUCUCCUCCGAGGUCGCGCAGAACGCGUUGACGGGGCUGUCGGGCAGCCUCCUCGGGAGCAUGAAGAACGCGGGGUGCCUUCAGGGAAACAGUUUCAGGACAACCGAGGGGUUCAUCCUGUACGCCGUCGUCAUGGGGCUCUUUCUGAUGCUAGUCUGCACGAUACCACCGGCGCUCGAGUUCAGCAGCACCCGGGAGAAAGUCGUGAACAGGUUCCUCAAGUGGACAGCCUACUUCUCGCUCGCGCUCAUCAGCCUGGCUGGGCUCUUCGCCGCGGCCACUGUCGUGCAGACGUACGUGGUGUUCGCGACGGUGUUGAUCGUCGCCGUUGGUGCCUUCUGGUUCUACAUGGUGCAUUGCAGCGAACCAUCUGAGAAUGUGCCGCUCUGCUGGCCAGACGCCAAAGGUCGCCACGCCGCGGGCGAGCGCUCGCUUAUGUGGCUGGGGAUCCACUCGGUGAUGUUCGGCACGCUGAUGGCAUCCUACUCGGCGGUUCUUAGCGGCCAGCGGUUGAGCGCCCUCUACAAGGCCGGCGUCUUCUUCAUCUUUGCCGUACACCUGACCAACUUUUCGCGGAUGGUCCUCGUGCGCGAGGUGCAGGACAAAGGGAACGAGGCCUGGGUUGUCAACGUCACGGGGAUCGCCAUGGUUGUCCUCAUGCUGCUCGCGGUACUCUUACUGAUCCUCCUGGCGAUGUUGCAGCCUGAACAACUCAGGAGCACCUUCAAAGUGGCUUAGCUCAGGUCACCAAUCGUUUUUCUUUUUCUUUUUCUUUUCAAUAUUUAAGAAGAGAAGAUCCUUCCUCACUUCACCUGCAUA